GGAGAAAUAUUUGCAGAAAAUGGAUUUUUAGUACGGUCAGAUGCAAGAAGUAAAACUGAUAUUGAAGAAAUACAUAAUUCUCUUAAUGGAGUUUUAUCUCUAGUUGGAGUGUCUUAUUCUUAUAAAAAUGAUAGUGAUAAUAAAAAAUAUGGAUUUGUUGCACAAGAAGUACAAAAGAUUUAUCCAGACUUAGUGAAAGAAGAUGAUACAGGAAAAUUGACAGUAGAUUAUUUAGGAGUUAUUCCUCUUCUUGUUGAGGCAUUAAAAGAAAUACAUAAUAAUGCACAAGGAUUAAGAGAAAUAGAAGAAAUAAAUGGAGUAUCAAAGAAAGCUGAUUGUGCAAUUACACAGUUAGAAAAAGUAUUAUUUGAAAUGAAUUGUAAUAAUCCCCAACGAGAAGAAAAAUCUAAAUUCAUUCAAUGGAAAAUACGUAUGAUGCACAUAUUUGGACCAAUAUCAUUUUUAAUAUUUAGUUGUUUGUUUAGUUCCAUUAUUUGUAUAAUUAUUGCAAUUAUCUUUCCAUCAAUGUACUUUUUAAUGGGAAUAACAAUAAUAUUAUCUAUUCUAUUAUGGAUUUUUGUAAUAAUUAAUAAAACAGAAGUAAUGAAUUUCUUAAAAGCUAAAAAAGCAUUCUUUCCAAUAAGAAAUAAUAUCAAUUUUAAAUGGAGACUAUCCCAAUAUAUUACAUGGUAUAUUGUUUUUUCAUUCUUAAUGUCAAUGUUAAUGCUGUCUAUUAUCAUUGGAUAUAAUGUAAUAACUCUUGUUAUUUGUUAUAUUAUUGGCGUAAUAAUAUCAUUAGUAGUAUGUUAUUUUAUUAAUAAAGCAUCAUAUAGAUUUGGAUUUCCAUAUCAAUAUUCAUUUAUUGUUUUAUUAAUCUUUCAAGCUAUUUGUAUUGCAGUUAUAAUUCUUUGUACUGUAUAUCAACCAUUUUAUGAAGGAAAAAAUUUUGGAGAUGAUUCUCAAUAUGUAAUUUAUCUUUCAGAUAAUGUAGAAGUACGUCAUGUAACUAUGCCUCAAAUAUCAUGGAAUUGCUUUUCACCAAAAAUAAUUACUGAACCUUAUUUACCAAAUGGAUUAUCAUUUAAUGUCUCACAGAAAUUAUUUUAUUUAUCUCAUCCUUUUCUUAUGGGAAUUCCAUAUGGUGACAUUGUUGACUCAGUAGUUAAAGUGAGUCUUCAAUGUAAUGGAAUUGUCCUUCUUGAUUAUCCUACAUUAACAUUUAAAACAUGUGCAAAAAAUACUGAUCCAGGAUUAUGUAGUAUUAAUUCAUGUGGGUAUUGUCGUUCAUCAACAUCAAGUUUCUGUGGGAUAUGUAAUGAUUAUUUUAAAGAGCAAUGUCAAUCAGUCUCUGGUCUUUCUAAUUGUUAA